CCGGGGCCGGCCUCUUGCAGGGCUGGCAUUUAAACUGCCGCCGCCGCCGCCCGGCUGAGUCUUCUCUCCUUCUCCGUCUCUCCCUGGUGCUGCCGCGGCGAUGUUCAGCUGGCUGGGCGGCGACGACCGCCGUCGGAAGGACCCGGAGGUCUUCCAGACGGUGAGCGAAGGGCUGAAGAAGCUCUACAAGACCAAGCUGCUGCCGCUGGAGGAGCACUACAAGUUCCAUGAGUUCCACUCGCCCGCCCUGGAGGACGCCGACUUCGACAACAAGCCCAUGGUGCUGCUGGUGGGCCAGUACUCCACCGGCAAGACCACCUUCAUCCGGUACCUGCUGGAGCAGGAUUUCCCCGGGAUGCGGAUCGGACCCGAACCCACCACGGACUCCUUCAUUGCAGUGAUGCAGGGGGACGUGGAAGGGAUCAUCCCUGGGAAUGCCCUGGUGGUAGAUCCCAAGAAGCCCUUCCGGAAGCUUAACGCCUUCGGCAACGCCUUCUUGAACAGAUUUGUGUGUGCCCAAUUGCCAAAUGCGGUCCUCGACAGCAUCAGUGUGAUCGACACCCCGGGAAUCCUCUCCGGAGAGAAGCAAAGGAUUAGCCGAGGCUACGAUUUUGCCGCCGUCUUGGAGUGGUUCGCCGAGCGGGUAGACCGCAUCAUCCUCCUCUUCGACGCCCACAAGCUUGACAUCUCUGAUGAGUUUUCGGAGGUCAUCAAAGCCCUGAAGAACCAUGAGGACAAGAUGAGAGUCGUCCUCAACAAGGCCGACCAGAUUGAGACCCAGCAGCUCAUGCGGGUCUACGGGGCCCUGAUGUGGUCUCUGGGGAAGAUCGUCAACACCCCCGAAGUCAUCCGGGUUUACAUUGGGUCCUUCUGGUCUCACCCGCUGCUGAUCCCGGAUAACCGUAAACUCUUCGAGGCCGAGGAGCAGGAUCUCUUCCACGACAUCCAGAGCCUCCCCAGGAACGCGGCACUCCGGAAACUGAAUGACCUGAUUAAAAGGGCCCGCCUGGCCAAGGUUCAGGCCUAUAUCAUCAGCUCUCUGAAGAAAGAAAUGCCCUCCGUCUUUGGCAAAGACAACAAAAAGAAAGAGCUGGUCAACAACCUGGGCGAGAUUUACGGCCGGAUCGAGCGAGAGCAUCAGAUCUCGCCAGGAGAUUUCCCCAAUUUAAAGAAAAUGCAAGACCAACUCCAGGGUCAAGACUUCAGCAAAUUCCAACCCCUGAAGGCCAAGCUGUUGGACGCGGUGGAAGACAUGUUGGCCCACGACAUCGCCCAAUUGAUGGUCUUAGUGCGCCAGGAAGAAUCCCAGCGGCCAGCCCAGAUGGUAAAAGGCGGCGCCUUCGAAGGGACCCUCCAUGGCCCCUUCGGACACGGCUACGGAGAAGGAGCCGGAGAAGGCAUCGACGACGCCACCUGGGUGGUGGCCCGUGACAAGCCCAUGUAUGACGAGAUCUUCUACACCUUGUCCCCUGUCGACGGGAAGAUAACCGGGGCCAACGCCAAGAGGGAGAUGGUGAGGUCCAAGCUUCCCAACACUGUGUUGGGCAAGAUCUGGAAACUCUCCGACAUCGACAAAGACGGGAUGUUGGACGAUGAAGAGUUUGCCUUGGCCAACCAUCUCAUCAAGGUCAAGUUGGAAGGCCAUGAGCUUCCCAGCGAGCUACCGCCUCACCUUGUCCCGCCGUCCAAGAGGAAAAUGGCAGAUUGACCGACCUCUGGAACGCGUCGGGAGAGAUGGGAAAGGUUCCUGUCUUGGUUUUUUUGAACCUCUGGAGAUGCGCAAGGUCCACCUCUUGAGGGGACAACC